UGUAACUGAUGCACGAAUAUUCCGAGUCACUCCUCUAUAUAAAUGCAUGUAACCCUAAGUUCUAAUUCAACUGUUUUGCAUUUCACUAAUCAAGAUGAAGCUCAUUGUCAGUCUCAUCAUCGCCUGUGCGCUCUUCAAUAAAGUGUACUCGCUCCAGUGCUAUAAUUGCCUGCGGGAGUGGUGCAUCCCGGAAAAAGUUACCUGCCCAUCUGCACAGAAAUGUGGGAGUACAGCAGCACUUUCCGUCACUGGAGAGGGAAAUAAACCUCUAUCACAUGAAAGGCGCUGUAUGCAACCUAAGGAGUGUAUUUCUGGUUCAGUGAAUUUAGGAUUUGUAAGAAUUGGAAUUAACACCACAUGCUGUUCUACUGACUUCUGCAACGCUGAAACUAUUCCUGAAUAUAGUAAGCAUCCCUUCAAUGGGAAGAAAUGCUUCACAUGUUCUGAAAAAAACUGUACAUCAACACUCACAUGUAAGGGAGACGAAAAUAGUUGUGUCAAAGCGACAGAUACUGCUGAAGGCCGUACUAAAAUAUCAAAAGGAUGCAUUUCCAGUAGUUUGUGUGCUGAUAAUGUACCUCUGCUGAACACGGUCUUCAACAAAAUCACCUUUAACUGCUGUGAAGGAGACCUGUGUAACACAGCUCACAGUCAUGCUGGGCUCAGUUUACUGCUGCUGCUGCCUCUGGCCUGUUUCAGCCUCUUCCACUGAACUUCUUUUACUUCACUUUUAUAGUAAUAUGUGUUUUUCAGGCUUUGAUUUUUGUUUAUACUCAAUAUAUAAUAGUUACUUUUCUGUAAAACCUUUGUAUAAUGACUGAACAGAAGUUUGGCAUUUUCAGUGUCACCAUUCUGAGCCCACAGUGAUCACGACACAGGCGCGCCUGUGGUUUUCCUGUUUGUUCUACAAUGAUGUGCGUGCUAAGGAUCAGCUGAUGCAUUACAGUAACAGAGGUUGGCAGUUUUACUCAGUUUAGUUUUCCAUUUAGAGCAGGGAUGCCCAACUCCAGUCCUGGAGGGCCAGAAUUCUGCACAUUUUUGGGUUUCCCCUCUUUUAACACACCUGAUUCAACUCCUGUGCUAAUUACCACACAGCUCUUGAGCUGAAUCAUUUAUGGUGCAACAGGGAAAGAACUAAGCUACACAGGGCUCCGGCCCCCCAGGACUAGAGUUGAACACCCCUGAUUUAGAGGAAUGGUGAAUACAUUCAAGUUUUUUUUAUUUGUCAUUCUUUAUUCUGACUUAUCUCUGGACAGGAUAACAAUCAAAAGGAAGCCUAGUUACAAUAACUAAGUACACAAUAGUUAGUUAACACAAAAUCACCAUACCUCUGGAUACAACCCCGGAAACCUGUAUAACACAACUAACCAUGAUAAACGACAAGUUAUUCAACAGCAACAUAUUUCAUAUCAAAAUAUACUGACAUAUCACAUACUGCAGUAAGGUCUCCAACUAUGUGACAUGCAUAUUGACAUUGAAAAUUGGCGUCUCAGGUGGGGAUGUCUGACCUAGGAUAACUGAUAGAGUGAUAGAAAACCCAGCACAGGUUAAUGUGUUAGAUGUUCUGGUGUUUUCUUUAAUUGCUUUGCUUUUUUAUAAGUUGAACUCAUUUUCGUUCCCAGAGGCACAGGUAAACAUUCAUUUGCAAAACAAAAAAAAAAAUCUCUAUUACAGGUUUAAAUGAAUGUCUAAUAUACAAAGAAAACCAAUCAUUCCUAUAUUAUGUAUUGAUGGUCCAGUACAUUUUAACUUCACAUUUACUUCUAAUUCAUAGCAAAUAAUGUCCAAUUUAAAUAUUCAUCAUCAGUAUGUAGCAUCAUACACAUGAUUGAAGAACCAAAAGUAAUGACUUCUCCAAACGUAAUACUUGCCUAACAGUCCCUGCAUACUCCUCAAGGUUUUAAGAGCUACCCAUUAUAUAUUCCGUUUUAUAUUUCAAGAUUUUAACAGUUUUACCCACCUGGUAGUGGUAGACCACCGGCCACAGGUGCGUUAGAUGUUCUGGCGUUUUCUUUAAUCCGUGUUGCCAGGUCCAGCAAAAGUCUUUUUCUGCUUGAAAGGUCUGCUUAAAAUCCCCAACGGAAGCUGAAAUUAGCCCAAUAUUUGAAAUCCCAGUGUACUGUAUCUCAAAGAAAUAAACCAGUAUUUUGCGCGCUGA